UAUUUUCACCAAUCUCUUUAUUAGUUUCAACAAUUUAUUUAAUAAUAUUUCUUUCUCUCACUUUCUUUUCUAAACAAGAACAAAAUAAUAGGGGAAUAAUUUUCACCGCACAACACGUGUAACAACCACAAUCUUCACCUUCCUCUCUCGUUCAUCCAUUCCUUCCAAAAUCGUGGAACGCAGAAUCAAAGGAAACUCCGAUUUUUAUUCUCCACAUUUCUCACAUUCAACAAUUUUACACUUUUGCAUCGAUCUAUGAUUAUACACUUCUCAAACAAAAAUUCCAAUUCCACAUUCUAAUUCAUCACCACCGUAAUGGCGAGGAAAACAUAUUCGUCAUCCACAUUGCGUUACGUUCAACCUCGUUAUUACCUAAAAAGACCUAAACGAUUCGCACUCAUCAUUCUCCUUAUCGUCUCUCUUGUAUGGUUUGUUUAUGAUCGUCAAUUGCUCAACAGAGAACACCAGGAGGAUAUUUUGAGAUUAAAGCAAGAGGUUACACACUUGCAAAAAACACUGGAAGAUAUAAAGGGUAAUAUGAAUGACUCAGGAGGAGGAGAAAGUGUUCAAAAUGAUGAGAGUAUACAGAAUGAUGAGAGUAUACAAAAUGAUGAAAGUAUCAGUAAAUUCAACAAGGGUGUUUCGGUUGAGGUUGAUGAUAAUGAUGAUGAUGAUCCUAUUAGUUUGCAACGAAGAGAGAAAGUUAAAGAAGCUAUGCUUCAUGCAUGGUCGUCUUAUGAAAAGUUUGCGUGGGGAAAGGAUGAACUUAAGCCACAAUCAAUGAAUGGUGUUGAUAGUUUUGGCGGUCUAGGGGCAACUUUAGUAGAUUCUCUUGACACAUUAUUUAUAAUGGGCCUUGAUACCCAAUUCAAAAGAGCUAGAGAGUGGAUUGCAAAAUCAUUGUAUUUCAACAAGAAUAUUGAAGUUAGUGUGUUUGAGACAACCAUAAGAGUUUUGGGUGGGCUUCUAAGUGCUUACGAUCUCUCUGGCGAUGAAGUCUUCCUAGAAAAGGCUAGAGAUAUUGCAGACAAGCUGCUGCCUGCUUGGAAUACACCUUCAGGAAUCCCUUAUAACAGAAUUAACUUGGCCUAUGGCAAUACAAAUAACCCUAGGUGGACGCGGGGAAACAGUAUUCUUGCAGAUUCUGGUUCAGAGCAGCUUGAAUUUAUUGCUCUCUCUCAAAGGACAAACGAUCCCAAGUACCAGGAAACGGCUGAGAAGGUCAUCAAAGAGCUUCGUAGAAGUUUUCCUGAGGAUGGGUUGCUUCCCAUAUAUCUUAAUCCAUUAACUGGAACUAAAUCAUCUGGAGCAAUUACAUUUGGUGCUAUGGGUGAUAGCUUCUACGAGUAUCUGCUCAAGGCAUGGAUACAAGGAAACAAGACUGAAACGGUACAGUUUUACAGGGAAAUGUGGGAGAGAUCAAUGAAAGGUCUGCAAAGCUUGAUUAAGAAGUCAACACCGUCAUCUUUUGUGUAUAUAUCUGAAAAGCUUGGAAAUGCACUCUUGGACAAGAUGGAUGAAUUAGCAUGUUUUGUUCCUGGAAUGCUGGCUUUGGGAUCUUCUGGCUACGGCCCUGGAGAAGGCGGAAAAAUUAUGUCUCUGGCAGAGGAGCUUGCAUGGACCUGCUACAAUUUUUACGAGUCUACGCCAACUAAAUUAGCUGGGGAGAACUAUUACUUUCGCAGUGGAGAGGAUAUGAAUGUUGGUACCUCAUGGAAUAUCCAAAGACCUGAAACAAUUGAGUCGCUGUUCUACCUCUGGCGUUUCACUAAAAACAAAACAUACCAAGAAUGGGGUUGGAAUAUUUUCCAAGCAUUUGAAAACAACUCUCGCACUGAGGCAGGAUAUGUUGGACUCAAAGAUGUGACUACAGGUGACAAAGAUAAUAUGAUGCAGAGCUUCUUCCUUGCAGAAACCCUCAAGUACCUCUAUCUUUUGUUUUCACCUCCUUCAGUUAUCUCUCUCGACGAAUGGGUGUUCAACACCGAGGCACACCCUAUACGAAUUGUGACUAGAAAUGCUCAUCAAGAAGAACAGAAUACGGACCAACAGGAAAAAAUUCCUCAUCACUUGCAUGGCAGGAAAGAAGGUCGAAUUGAUUACAAGUAGUUACGGGUUGUUGCUCUAUGAUUGUAAUAAGCAAACCCCGGAGAGGGGCAACUUAUUCUGCUCUAUCAACAUACAGUUGGUUUGUCUGUCACCUCCAAUCCGAAGUUUUGCUGUAAAGAAUGCUUAGAAGAUUUUUACUUUGCUGUAGUAGUAGGAUUACUAGGAUAAAUGUAGGUGUAAAUGCCUAUGUAGAUACUGAAACCUCUCUACUUAUUAUUUUGAUUGUUUUUGGCAUAUGUAAAUUCUUGUAUAUCAAUUCACUGACCAUCAGUUUUGAAACUUUUUUAUUCUCUGGUUCUUCCAGAUCAAA